AUGGAUCUCUCGCAAGAAGUCGAUGAUUACAUCAAAGAGACAAUCGAACACUCUUUAGGGAUUCCGAUUUCCAUGGAAGUUCUCCAGAAGAAACUCUACACGGCUGAAGAAUCUCAGCGUCGUCUCCGUGAACAGUAUCUGUCUCUCGUUUCCAGAUUGAAAGAGAAAGAUCAAGUAAUCGAAGGCGUUAGAUCCGAAUCCAGUAUAAAUGCGCAAGCUUUGAAGAAAUUCGUCGAAGAGAAUCAGAGAUUAGCAGGUGAGUGUGAGGAUUUAGUGAAUCAGUGUAAGAAGUGGGAAAGAGAAUGCUUUCUUUAUCAUCAAGAUCGUGAAGCAUUGAUGGAUUUCGGUAACGAAUCUGACGAAAGAGCGAGAGAAGCAGAGUCUAGGGUUCGUGAAUUGGAGGAAGAAGUGAGAAAAAUGAAGCGUCCAGUCGAAUCAUAUAGCACAAAAGAAGAAGAUUGUUUGGUUGAUUCGGUUUUGGCAUCGUUGUUCGUUAGCGAAGAUGAGGCUACAAAAUUGGGGAGGAUCUUCUUGGAAGCGAACGUUCAUGACAAAUCUUGUCAAGCUUUGUUGAGUGAAUGGGAUCUAUUGAAGCCGUCGAGUCGAAAAGUUGUGUCUUUGGUUUCGAUGGUUAACAAGUUGGAAAAGGUUAAAGAAUGCCUGGUCUUGAAUCUCGAUAAAGCCGAGCAAGAAGUCGAAUUCGUGUGCAAGCAAAACAGAGAGCUCGAUAAAGAAAACCGCAAGUUGUUGAAGCAAUUUAGUAGUAGUAGUAGUCCUCUUUAUUCUGCAGAGAGAAGCAGCAACUCGAACAAGAGAAAGAGUCAUAAGACGAUGAGUAGCCCGAUCGAGAAGAGGAUUGAUUUGAGUAGUCCAGGAUCUAAUGAUGCUUAG